CCGUCAAACUGCCCGACUCUACUCAUUCAUCCCCGCGUCACGAGAGCCUCGGAACGUCCGUCACGAUGGCCGGCGCCCAUCCGCUGAAAUCGGCCCUGUCCAUCACCCCCGUGGACGACACUUCUCUGGCCUUGCCCUCGGCGCACCAACAGUAUCGUUCCGGAGAGCAGCGCGUCCUGGAGCAGGUGCAGAGCGUGCAGAGGACCAGGUCCAGGCACUCCAGCAGCAGCAGGACUGGCUCAACCUCUUUGUCUCCGACCAGCCCUUUCAAUGAUGAAAUGUUCGAGUCCAGCAUGUCAAAGAGAAAUGUCUUCUUUGGGAAUGGUCAACUAAAAACUCUCCCUGUUGAGAAAAGCCUCAACCGCCACUCAUUCAACAACACAAUUAGCGGCGCUGCCAAGACCACCAACACCUUUCACCGUCGCUACGAGUUCGGCUCCACUCCCGUGGGCCGGAUGGCCCUCAACCGCGACGAGCCUGACCAGAAUCGGCAGCGCUCCCUACCCACACCCACGGAGCCUCCGCAUUGGGUCCUCUCCGACCGCAAAACCCACAGAACGGAGAUGCGCAGCGGCGGCGGGCAGUUCAUUGGCACCCAUCAGAAAUUCCGGACCAGUCCGCUUGACGUCAGUAAAACACAGUUCAAGCCUUUGAUCGAUGACAGUCCCACCAAGCAGAGCAAGCUUCCUGGCAAAGGGGAUUCUGGGUCAAGCGGAAACAGUGCAAUGGCUGACAUCACCAUGAAGGAGGCUGUGGAAUUCCUGUCCCACGAGGACAUCAAAUACCAACUCUGUGGAGCCUCUUAUAUCCAGCACAACACCUUUGUUGAUGACAAAGCUAAGGAAGAGGUGCGGAAGUAUAAGGGGAUCCCUCCGCUGGUGGCGCUGCUGAACAGCUCGAACCCAGAUCUGAGCCAGACGACCUCGGCCGCCCUGCGCAACCUGGCCUUCAAGAACAACGACAACAAGGAGGAGAUCCAACACUGCGGCGGCAUCACGUCUGCUGUGGCUCUGCUCCGUGAAACUGACUCCACUGAGAUUCAGAGGCAGCUCACCGGUCUUCUAUGGAAUUUGUCGUCUGCUAACAGCCUGAAGACGGACCUCCUCAAGAGCACGCUUCCUGUCUUAAUGGAGCGCGUCAUCCUGCCUUACACCACAAGCCCGGAGCGGGGCACGGCCAGCGGGCCCGAUCAUGAAUCCUUCUUUCACGCCACCAGCUGCCUGCGAAACCUUAGCAGUGCAAAGCAGAGCAACCGACAGACCAUGAGGAAAUGUCGAGGUUUGGUGGACUGCCUGGUCGCUUACCUUCAAGACUGCGUGGAUGCUGGCAGGACAGAUGAUAAGUGCGUGGAGAACUGCGCAUGCAUCCUGCACAACCUCACCUUUGAGCUGGAGGCCGAGGCCCCGGCCUUGUUCAAUCGCAUCACGGCGCUGGCGAAGCCCGUUGGCCCCGUAGACAGUCAAGGUGACGCCGGGCCCAUCACCUGCUUCAGUCCACCCAGCAAAAGCUCAGACAACAAACACUACUUUGAUUUCCCAGUGGUAGAGGACCCCAACCCGACUGGGGCCGGCUGGCUCAUCCACUCCAAAACCCUGCAGAAUUACUUGUCCUUAUUGGGCUCAAGUCAUCGGGAUGAAACUCAGGAGGCCUGCUGUGGAGCUCUGCUGAACCUCACAGCCCAGGAAGGCAUCGUUUCCAACGUCAUGAGCCAGACUGUGGCGCAAAAACUGGAUGGCCUACAAGUAAUCACCCCGCUUUUAAAGUCAGACAAAGUCACCUUGCAGAGGAACGCGGUGGCCUUGAUGCGGAACUUCAGCAAGAACCCCAACCUGCAAGGCAUCUUGGCUCGCAAAGUGUUGCCUGAACUCCUGGGCAUCCUGGGCGCUGGCACCAAGGAGGGCAACGAGUCUGACGACACGCUGGCCUUGGCGUGCCAGACUGCCAACUUCCUGGUGGCCAAGGAGCCCGAGAGCGCCAAGCGCCUGCUAAAUGGUGGCUUGAUCAACUCACUGAAGGAGCUCAGCGAGAACAGAUAUUUUCCCAAAUCCAGCAAGUCGGCAUCAGUGUUCCUCUACCAGCUAUGGUCUGACAAGGACAUCCAGAACCUCCUAAAGAGGCAAGGGAUGAAUAAGUCAUCCUUCGUCAAUGACGUCACCACGGCGGCCCACAAGUCGGUACAAGUGAUCGACUAGGACGCAGGGGCCCGGUCACUCUGUGCGUGCCGACAACCUUUCUCAUUUCAUUUUGUGUUCUCUAAAGUUGGAUUGGUGAGUGAUUGUUUUAAAAAAAAAAAUGUCAAUAAAGUUUUCAGGGUCAAAAAUUGA